CCGUGGGUCCCGCUCCCAGCCUCCGGAUCCAGGCGCAGACUCUGGGGUCUCGCGCCAGGUGGCUUCCUCUCUCCAGCUGCUCCCUUUCAGCUCUGCUGCUUUCUCUUUGGUUGCCCCGUGGGAUUUCGGCCUGAGGUCGUUUGGACUCAGCUGAGUAGAGCGUGCUUUGGGUGGGAUUCCGGUCCUGAGUCCUGCCUCCUGGUGGAGAUGUUGCACUUAUGAGAGGCAGGGCUCCUUUUGAAUUUCUGCACCUCGGGAGUUGUGAAGCCCGCGUCUGAAACUGCCUGGUUCUCCAAAGGACAUGGAUGAAAAUGAAAGCAGUGACUCCCUGGUGACAAGCAGCCAAUAUCCUAAAGAAGCAGUAAGAAAACGCCAAAAUUCAACGAGGAGUUCUGGAGGAAGUGAUUCUUCUAGGUUUUCCAGGAAAAGUUUCAAACUGGAUUACAGACUAGAGGAAGAUGUAACUAAAUCAAAGAGAGGAAAAGAUGGGAGAUUUGUUAACCCCUGGCCAACGUGGAAAAGUCCCUCUAUCCCAAAUGUUCUCAGAUGGCUGAUAAUGGAAAAAGAUCACAGCAGCAUUCCGUGUUCCAAAGAGGAACUUGAUAAAGAACUCCCAGUGCUCAGGCCAUAUUUCAUUGAUGACCCUGAAGCAGCCGGAGUGAGUGAAGCUGGCUUAAGAGUCACAUGGCUGGGACAUGCAACGGUAAUGGUGGAAAUGGAUGAGCUCAUAUUUCUCACGGACCCCAUCUUUAGCUCUCGUGCUUCACCGUUGCAGUACAUGGGUCCAAAGCGUUUUCGGCAUCCUCCGUGCACUAUAAGUGAACUCCCCCGGAUAGACGCGGUCCUUAUCAGUCACAACCACUAUGACCACUUGGACUAUAAUUCUGUCAUUGCUUUGAAUGAGCGAUUUGGUAAUGAGUUGAGGUGGUUUGUGCCCUUGGGUCUCCUGGACUGGAUGCAAAAAUGUGGCUGUGAGAAUGUGAUCGAGUUGGACUGGUGGAAGGAGAAUUGUGUUCCUGGACACGAUAAGGUCACCUUUGUCUUUACACCUUCCCAGCACUGGUGUAAAAGGACUCUAUUGGAUGACAACAAGGUUCUGUGGGGCAGUUGGUCUGUGUUGGGCCCUUGGAAUCGAUUUUUUUUUGCAGGAGACACUGGUUAUUGCCCUGCAUUUGAAGAGAUAGGAAAAAGAUUUGGACCUUUCGACCUUGCAGCUAUUCCCAUUGGAGCAUAUGAACCAAGGUGGUUUAUGAAAUACCAGCAUGUAGACCCAGAAGAAGCUGUAAGAAUUCACAUUGACGUUCGAACAAAGAAAUCUGUGGCCAUUCACUGGGGAACUUUUGCCUUAGCAAAUGAGCAUUACUUAGAGCCUCCAGUGAGACUGAAUGAGGCUCUAGAAAGAUGUGGACUUACGACAGAAGAUUUUUUUGUCUUGAAGCACGGAGAAUCAAGAUACCUAAAUAGUGAUGAUGAAAACUUAAAAUAAAUAGAGCACAGGAGCUUGUAAUGACAUAUAUUUGAUAUAAGUAUAAAAAGACUAAGAUAUUCAUGAUUAUGAUUUUUACAUUUGGAAACUUCUGCAAGUUUCUGUAAUAACUUUACUACAAUUGCCAAUUCAUAUGAACAAAGAGUUCAGUUAUGGGUCAUUUAAAUAACGAAUGGGCUAAGACUGAUUUUAAAUCUUGUCUCAAUGUGUAAGCAAUAAAUGGGAUUUUUUUUAAACUAAAGCAUUAUAUUUGAGUGGUAGAAUUUCUGAGGUUAUGAAAAACUAAUUUUAAAUGCCUAUUUCAGUUCUAUUCUUAAAAGCCUUCUACAAGUUUAGUCAAGCUUGUCUACAUACCUACAUUAUUCCAGAAGACUGCUCACAUAAACAUUCGCAUCAGAGUAGUGAUAAAAUUAAUUCCCACAUGCUUAUGGCACUUGCUCUUUUAAGAUUAGUUUUCAUGCCAAAUAUUAAAUGCUAUUUAUUUUUUAAGCAUAAAAACACAGAGGAGGUUGGGCUAAGUUCUAUAAAAGUUUCUGUUUUUAAUCUAAAUGUCAGAUUGCUAAGCACAAUAUAGCUGCAAGGAAAUAAUAUCUUACAAAGAUAAACAUAGACCUUAAGUGUUAAUAUACCAUGCAGUUUAAAUUAAAUUUUAUUCUUUCCACUCAGUUUUUUCUGAUUUCUUAGCUCUAACUCCAAAUAUAUCAAUAAAACUUAUAUUUUACACUUUACAUUGCUUCAGAUAUAUUUUUAUAUUAAAUAACCCCCUAAGCGCAAUUCCACUUUUAUCAAGCCAGCGUGGAAUACUAAUGAUGAUAGCGAGUGAGUGCAGGCGAGUGACCUGAGCUUUAGUCCUGUAAGGGCUCUGUAGUUAAUUACUCUGAACCAUCCUCAGUGAAGACAGCUCAUUAGAUACAUUUGGAUACAUUCUUUCUAGUCCAUAGUCUCAGUGAAAUGAACUUUUUUCAUAACAAAUAGUCAAAAUAGGGGGUUUUAUAACAAAUGCUACCCAGCAAGUGCUGCAUGCAGCACAUAUACAUAUGCAUGAUACAUGCUAGCCACUUAACUCCACCAUGGAUUUUUCUGUGUACCCCAACACAGGUCACCUAUGAUCACUGUGCCUCAGUUUCCUCAUGUGCAAUAAGAGGAGAAUUUUAACCUACCUCCAAAAAAAUGUGAAUAAAUAACAAAGUGAUUUAAAUUAAAAAAACACUUUGAAAAUAUAAGGGAUAAAAUGAUUUCUUAAGAUAUCACUACCUAGUACAGACAGGUAGACCUGGAAUCUAGGAAGACAGAGGUAGAUUUGGAAAAUAGGCUAAUUCGCUUGGUGAUGUACUGUUCCUGUUGCGGAUGUAAGUAUAUGUAUCAGGGCACUAAAAACUGAGGACUAAGAACUUUAUCUCACUCAUUUUAAAAUUUGGAGAGCCAAAACAAAUUAAAUGAUCUUAAUCACAAUUUAGCAUUUCCAUCUACCAAGAUGCAAGUCAGUCAAGGGGUAAUGUGUAUGCAAUGUUUGUAUAUAUAAUGUAUGUGAAUAUAUAUGAUUUGGGGUCACUAAAGCACAAAAAGUCUCCCCAUAAGAUAAAACAGAACUUCAGGAAAACUCAGAACUUUUUUACUUCAGAGUAGCCAGCAGAUGGGAAUCAGGGUGUUAGUUUUAUGGUGGAUUCGCUUUGGGGCAUGUUGCCCUAAUACUAGCUAAUGUUCUUGUGAUCACCUUCCUUGCUCUUGAACACUGAACUGAAAAUUCAUCUUUUACCUCUGUUCUAUAAGCAAGCCCAGUACAUCUUGAUUAUUUCUUCUGAACAGUGGUGAAUGGCCUUACCAUUGUUUUUGUAUUCACACAUACGUACCAUCUGAUUGCUGGUCUCUAAGCACUUUAUGUUCUAGUUCCACUUAACUGGGCCUGUCUCAUUUUUCUAUGCCACCUCACAAGCUUUCAUUUUUAAUUACCGUUCACGUUCUUUCUACUUUGAUGUUUUAUCACUAUGAAGUACACUGAACUUUGUCUCUCCUUGUAGAAUCUCUCUGUGUUGAGUGAUUCUUCCCAUUGUAGUUUUCACUUAUCUGUAUUUGGAAGAAUUUAUGUGCAAAAUGACAAAAGUGGAAAAAUAAGACAAAUCCAUCCUCUGCAUUCAUUCAGUCUUACGUACUUCAUAAUACCUUUUAAUCUCUUAUCCUCCAAGUCAAUUUCAUUUUCCUCUUUGAUUAUCCGGCAUCACACCAACAUGUGAGAUUUAAUAGGUUUCCCUUUUUCCUUUGGAAACUGAGGAACAUUGAUAAUCCUCUUUGCCCAAGAAGAUAGAACCACCGAAUAUGAGAAAUUCCACCUAAUAAAAGCCAAGAUGUGCCAAUGACCUACAGAGAUAGACUGGUUAUGCAUUUUCAUCAUGCAAUUCUUUCUGACCCCUCCCUUUUUCUCUAGCAUUUUGACAUUUCAGCUUUAAUUCUCUGAUCUCCAGGAUACAUGAUUAUUUAUUCAAACUAGUAAUACAGAAAGUGACAAUUUUAGAACCCAAUGCUGCUAAAGCACAGAAACCAAAGCCUGGUUUUUAACGUGUGCAUUCUUACUACAUAUUUUCAUUAAAUAAGGAGGCAGGUUUAAAAAAUUAUUGUAAGGAAAUGUAUCUUUCACGGAAUUAACAGUUAUGUUUGUGCAACUGACAAAAGUAUUAUUCUUAGCCAUCAUCAGUACAUUAUUGCUGUAGCCAAUUAGGAAUUUACAUGUUUUCAUUUCAAUAUUGAACCCCUUUUCUAUUGUAAAAAUAUUUUUUCCAAGUUUGAUUUCUGUAUCAGGAUAACUGUUGAGAAUACACAUUUUCCUGUCUGAGGACCUGUAACCUCCUGUGGAAGUCCCUGUAUUUACAAAGGAAAUUUAAAUUACUCUUAAAGCUUUGCCUUAAAUACAUGACUAGGAAAGCUUCUGCUUGCAUUUUGAUUAAUACUAGGCAUGUUGUUGGUUAUGAACUUGAAUAUUAUUAAAAUCUGGCUGAAUUCAAAUAUAUCAAUAAGUUGUUAUUAGCUUAUAGAACAAAAAUUCUAUUAUAAUAGUUGAGAAAUUUUCAUAUAUUGUAAUUUUAGUCAAGUAAAAUAUGGAUGAAAAUAAAGUACUAUC